GCGCUGAUCCUGUGCACGAGCGCGGCGCUGCACGCACGUGUUAGUGUACAUGCGCGUGCGUGCGGAGGGGGUGGGGGCAGAGUAUUAUGGUCUGUCCGUUGCGAGGUAACUAUGCAGAGUCCUGUGCGCGUGUGGGAGGGGGGAUUAUUAUGGGAUGUCUGCCCCCUUUGUGUGUGAGGAUGUGAGCUCAGCGCUGAGGCUGGGGCAGAGCGCGGAGCGGCGUGUUUUGGGUCAGUGACAGCUCUCUGAACAUUUCACCUUUCACUCAACAAACCGGCGUCAAACGUCCGCACGAGCUCAGUGUUUGAGACCCGGGACCGCGCGGCUCAACUUCACUGUUUAAGCGCGGUCGCCCCCUCCCGCUGGACUCCCCAGGUCUGCUCCGGCCCACGUCACUGUCCCUCCUCCCUCGGCGGACAGCAGCUUUAGGAGGGACUCUUCCACCGAGCAGCGGACAAACCAGGCGCCGGGAACAUGUCUGGAAGCGAGGAUGACAGGGAGGAGUACGGAGCGGCCGAGGAGCGCUCUCUUCUCCAGGACGAGGACGAGGCGGAGGAUGCGGCGGGUGAUGCAGAAGAAGCGCCCAAGUCCAAGAAGAAGAAGAAAGCCAAGAAGAGCCGUGAGAGCCGGAGCAGUAAGAGACAAAGGCCCGCCAGAGAGGAGUUGCCCGUCAGCUCCCCGGAGCCGCUGAUGGAGGUGGAGCCGACGGAGAGAGAGGCGGACGAAAGCAUCGUGCGGUCAGAGAGUGAAGGGAGUGAUUACGCUCCGGGAAGAAAGAAGAAGAAACGAUCGAGCGGCGCGAAAGAGAAGAAGAAGAGCUCGGCUGGAGAGAAAGGAGGGUCGUCCAAGAGCAAACGCAAAGAGCCCGAGCCUGAAGAGGAGGACGACGACGAUGAUGACUGUCAGCCUAAAAGUUCCACUCAACUCCUGGAGGCCUGGGGCAUGAAGGACAUCGACCAUGUUUUUACUGAGGAAGACUACAACUCCAUCACCAACUACAAAGUCUUCAGCCAGUUUGUCAGGCCUUUAAUCGCGGCGAAAAACCCUAAAAUCGCCGUGUCGAAGAUGAUGACCUUGAUGAUGGCCAAAUGGAGAGAGUUCAGCACGAACAACCCACUAAAGGGUUGUGCGACCGCUAACGCCGCUCUGGCCACGGCUAAUGUGGCUGCAGCUGUGGAGAACAUGGUGGCAUCGGACGGAGGACCGGAGAACGGUUCGGCCUCGUCUCCCGCCUCUGCCCCCGCGCCGGCCCCCGUCCCGCCUCCUCUGCGCAAAGCCAAGACCAAAGAGGGGAAAGGUCCAAACGCGAGAAAGAAGUCCAAGUCUAAGGUUCCACAAAAACCCAAACCCAAAAAGGUGGCACCACUUAAAAUCAAACUGGGCGGCAUCAAAAGGAAACGCUCAUCUAGCGAUGAAGACGAGCCAGACGCGGACAGUGAUUUUGACGACGGAACUUUCUCUGUGUCCGACGGCUCCAGUCGCAGCAGCCGACCCAAGAAGAAGUCCAAGAACGCAAAGAAAAAGAAGAAAGUUGAAACAGAGGAAGGCGACGGGUAUGAGACGGACCAUCAGGAUUACUGCGAGGUGUGUCAGCAGGGAGGGGAGAUCAUCCUGUGUGACACCUGCCCCAGAGCCUAUCACAUGGUCUGCCUGGACCCCGACAUGGAGAAGGCUCCGGAGGGAAAGUGGAGCUGCCCGCACUGCGAGAAGGAGGGGAUCCAGUGGGAGGCGCGGGACGACCUGUCGGAGGCGGAGGCCGAGGACGAUGACGAUCGACAGGACGACGGCGCGGAGGAGGAGGACGACCACCACAUAGAGUACUGCCGCAUGUGUAAAGACGGAGGAGAGCUGCUCUGCUGUGACACCUGCCCCUCCUCCUACCACAUCCACUGCCUCAACCCCCCCCUCCCCGAGAUCCCCAACGGAGAGUGGAUCUGCCCCCGAUGCAAGUGUCCACCGCUUAAGGGCAAAGUGCAGAAGGUCCUGACAUGGCGCUGGGGCGACCCUCCUCCCCCCACCCCCGUCCCGCGCCCCGCAGACCUGCCCGCGGACGCCCCCGACCCCCCUCCUCUGGUGGGCCGCCGCGAGAGGGAGUUCUUUGUCAAAUGGUGCAACCUGUCGUACUGGCACUGCGCCUGGGUGCAGGAGCUCCAGCUCGAGCUGAACUGUCAGGUGAUGUUUCGAAACUACCAGAGAAAGACGGACAUGGACGAGCCCCCUCCCGUGGACUUUGGAGGAGACGGAGACGAUGACAAGAGCACGAAGCGUAAGAACAAAGACCCGCUGUACGCGCGCAUGGAGGAGGAGUUCUACCGCUUCGGCGUGAAGCUCGAGUGGCUCAUGAUUCACCGCAUCCUCAACCACAGCGUUGAUAAGAAAAACAACGUGCACUACCUGAUCAAAUGGAGAGACCUGCCCUGUGACCAGUCGACCUGGGAGAGCGAAGACAUGGACAUCCCAGAUUAUGACUCCUACAAACAAACAUACUGGAACCACAGGGAGCUGAUGAUGGGUGAGGAGGGUCGACCGGGCAAAAAGCUCAAGAAGCAAAUCAAAAUAAAAAAAGCUGAGAGGCCUCCAGCGAAUCCAGUCGUAGAUCCCACGAUAAAGUUUGACCGUCAGCCGGAGUAUCUGGACACCACGGGGGGGACGCUGCAUCCGUAUCAGCUCGAGGGUCUGAACUGGCUCCGGUUUUCCUGGGCUCAAGCCACGGACACGAUCCUCGCCGACGAGAUGGGACUCGGGAAAACCGUCCAGACCGCGGUGUUUCUGUAUUCACUGUACAAAGAGGGUCACUCCAAAGGCCCGUUCCUCGUGAGCGCUCCCCUCUCGACCAUCAUAAACUGGGAGCGCGAGUUUGAGAUGUGGGCGCCGGACAUGUACGUCGUGACUUACGUGGGCGACAAAGACAGCAGAGCGGUGAUCCGGGAAAACGAGUUCUCCUUCGAAGGCAACGCCAUCCGAGGAGGCAAGAAAGCGUCGAAAAUGAAGAAAGACUCCCAGGUGAAGUUUCACGUCCUCCUCACGUCAUACGAGCUCAUCACCAUCGACCAGGCUGUUCUGGGAUCUAUUGAAUGGGCCUGUCUGGUUGUAGACGAGGCGCACAGACUGAAAAACAACCAGUCAAAGUUUUUCCGAGUGUUGAACAACUAUCCUCUUCAACACAAGCUGCUGCUGACGGGAACGCCGCUGCAGAACAACCUGGAAGAGCUUUUCCAUUUGUUAAACUUUCUAACUCCAGAGAGAUUUAAUAACUUGGAAGGCUUCCUGGAGGAGUUUGCAGACAUCGCGAAGGAGGAUCAGAUAAAGAAGCUCCACGACAUGCUGGGCCCUCACAUGCUCCGGAGACUGAAGGCCGACGUCUUCAAACACAUGCCGUCCAAAACGGAGCUGAUCGUACGGGUGGAGCUCAGUCCCAUGCAGAAAAAAUACUACAAGUUCAUCCUCACUCGUAACUUCGAGGCCCUGAACACUCGCGGAGGAGGAAACCAAGUGUCUCUGCUCAAUGUGGUGAUGGACCUCAAGAAAUGCUGCAACCAUCCCUACCUCUUCCCCGCCGCCGCGACCGAGGCGCCAAAACUCCCAAACGGCAUGUAUGAAGGAAACGCCCUCACCAAGGCGUCGGGGAAACUGCUGCUUCUUCAGAAAAUGAUGAGAAAAUUAAAGGAAGGAGGCCACAGGGUUCUGGUUUUCUCCCAGAUGACCAAAAUGUUGGAUCUGCUGGAGGACUUUCUAGAAAACGAGGGAUAUAAAUAUGAGCGGAUUGAUGGAGGAGUCAACGGAAACAUGAGACAAGAAGCUAUCGAUCGCUUCAACGCUCCGGGGGCGCUGCAGUUUGCGUUCCUCCUCUCCACUCGAGCUGGAGGUUUGGGGAUCAACUUGGCCUCUGCCGACACGGUCAUUAUCUACGACUCCGACUGGAACCCUCACAACGACAUCCAGGCUUUCAGCAGAGCUCAUCGUAUCGGCCAGAACAGGAAGGUCAUGAUCUACCGUUUCGUCACCAAAGCUUCUGUAGAGGAGCGGAUCACACAGGUGGCGAAGAAGAAGAUGAUGCUCACUCAUCUCGUGGUCAGACCCGGGAUCGGCACCAAGACCGGCUCCAUGUCCAAACAGGAACUGGACGAUAUCCUCAAAUUUGGGACAGAAGAGCUGUUCAAGGACGACGCUGGAGAGGGAGACAACAAAGAGGACGACAGCAGCGUGAUCCACUACGACGACCACGCCAUCGACCGCCUUCUGGACCGAAACCAGGACGCCACCGACGACACGGAGCUGGCGAGCAUGAACGAGUACCUCAGCUCCUUUAAGGUCGCUCAGUACGUGGUUAAAGACGAGGACGACGAGGAGGAGGAGAUCGAGCGUGAGGUCAUUAAACAGGAGGAGAGCGUGGACCCGGACUAUUGGGAGAAACUUCUGCGUCAUCACUACGAGCAGCAGCAGGAGGAUCUCGCCCGAAACCUGGGCAAAGGCAAACGAACCCGAAAACCCGUCAACUACAACGACGGCUCGCAGGAGGACCGAGGUAUACGACAGGAUUGGCAAGAGGAUCAGUCUGACAACCAGUCUGAUUAUUCUGUGGCGUCGGAGGAAGGAGACGAGGACUUUGAUGAACGCACGGAAGCUAACGUGCGCAGACCAAGCCGCAAAGGGCUGAGAAACGACAGGGACAAACCUCUACCUCCACUUUUGGCCCGAGUUGGAGGAAAUAUCGAGGUGUUGGGCUUCAAUGCUCGUCAGCGUAAGGCGUUCCUGAAUGCAGUGAUGAGGUACGGGAUGCCUCCUCAAGACGCCUUCACAAACCAGUGGCUCGUCCGGGACCUUCGCGGGAAAUCUGAGAAAGAGUUCAAGGCCUACGUGUCUCUGUUCAUGCGUCACUUGUGUGAGCCCGGGGCCGACGGAGCUGAGACCUUCGCAGACGGAGUUCCUCGUGAGGGUCUGUCCAGGCAGCACGUGCUCACGCGCAUCGGGGUCAUGUCUCUCAUCCGGAAGAAGGUGCAGGAGUUUGAGCACGUGAACGGACAGUGGUCGAUGCCGUGGAUGGCGGAGCUGGAGGAGAACAAACGAGCGGCGGCUUUGGCGUCGGGAGAAGACCCCAAGACCCCCUCCUCAGGGACCCCCGCAGACACACAGCCCAACACACCCAUCCCAGAGGAUUUGUCUAAAAUCGAUGACAAGGACGAUAUUAAGAAGGAGGGAGAGGAAGGAAAAAUGGGCAAAAAGUCUGACGAUUCAGACAUCAUUGAAAUCCCGGACGAGUCGGACAAAUCCUCCACUAGCGGCAGAAAAGAGAGCGAAGAUGAGACGAAGGACGAGAAGGAGGAGAGGGGGAGCGACACGAAGGACAGAGAGGAGGAGGGAGAGAAAGAACAGAAGCCACAGGAGAAAGAAGCGGAGGUGAAGACGGAGGAGUCCAAGGCAGAUCCAGAGGGAGGCAAAGCUGAAGAAGGGAAAGAAGAAAAGAUGGAUACAACAUCUGCAGACGACAAGAAAGAGCCAAAAGAGGAAAAGGAAGUCUUGAAAAACGAGGAUACGGACAAACUUCAGAACGGAGAAAACACCAAAGAUGGAGUGAGCGCCGCCGCGUCCGCUCUGGUCAACAUCAGCGAAGAGAAGAAGAAAGCCACGAAACAGAGGUUUAUGUUCAACAUCGCAGACGGAGGGUUCACAGAGCUCCAUUCUCUGUGGCAGAACGAGGAGCGAGCAGCCACCGUCACCAAAAAGACGUUUGAGAUUUGGCAUCGUCGCCAUGACUACUGGCUCCUGGCUGGCAUCAUACAACACGGUUACGCUCGGUGGCAGGACGUCCAGAACGACGUGAGGUACGCCAUCCUCAACGAGCCCUUUAAAGGAGAGAUGAGCAGAGGGAACUUUCUCGAGAUCAAGAACAAGUUUCUGGCUCGGCGGUUUAAGUUAUUGGAGCAGGCGCUGGUGAUCGAGGAGCAGCUUCGUAGAGCGGCGUAUCUCAACAUGACCGAAGACCCCGCCCACCCCUCCAUGGCUCUGAACACGCGCUUCAGUGAAGUCGAGUGUUUGGCUGAAAGUCAUCAGCAUCUGAGCAAAGAGUCGAUGUCUGGGAACAAGCCGGCCAACGCUGUCCUACACAAAGUUCUCAAACAACUUGAGGAGCUGCUGAGCGACAUGAAGGCAGAUGUGACACGUCUCCCGGCAACCAUCGCUAGGAUACCCCCGGUCGCCGUGCGUCUGCAGAUGUCCGAACGCAACAUCCUCAGCCGGUUAGCGAGCCGCGGCCCCGACGUCACGAGCCAGGGUCAGGGGCAGGUGCAGGUGUCUCGCUGAACUCUCUGAUCGACCAUAAAAAAACAACAAAAAAAAGAACUAUUUGUACAACGUUUUAUUCUGAAAGUCCAGGUCAGUCCAGACAGAGCCACAACCUUUGACCUCUGAGCCCCCCGCGGAGGAGGAGUUGGAUUCCGACACAGGACUAAGGCCGGACUAAGGCACCAAAAAGGUCUAAGAACCACGGACCUCACCGUUUUCUGUCAUGUUUAAUGUAACAGGACUAAGCCAGGACAGGAACUCGAACUAAACCAAAACUACAUUUGGACUAAACCUGAAGUAGAACUAAACCAGUACCAGACAAGAACUAAACCAGGAUUUAACAAGGUCUAAACCAGGACUAAGACUGGACAGGAACUAGAACUAAACCAGGACAAAACUAUGACCUGAGCUAAAGUUAAACUAGAACUAAACAAGGACUAAAUGAAGAUUUGACCUGAUCUAAACCAGGACUAAACCAGGACUAAACCAGGACUAAGCCAGGACUAAACCAGGACCUUAACGAGUUCAGCGCCAGGAUGUGAACUAGUCCUAAACGAGGACUACACCAGGUUAAAACCAUUACACUGUACUAGCACUAAACCAGGUCUAAACUGGAACCAAACCAGGUCUAAACCAGGACUAACCUAAGAUUAAACCAGGUCUAUAAUGAAACUAAACCAGGAUUAAACCAGAACUAAACUGGAACUAAACCAGGACUAAACUAGAAGUAAACUGGAACUAAACAAGGUCUAAACCAGGACUAAACCAGGUCUAUGCUAUGACUAAACCAGGACUGGGUCAGGACUUAACCAGGAGUAAACUGACGCAAAUCCAAGAUAUAAACAGGUCUAAAACCAGGACCAAAAUAGGACUAAACAUGGACUAAACCAGGACUAAACCAGAAGGGGAUCAGGACUAAACAUGGACUAAUGAUAAACUUAGGACUGAGCCUUUUGUUGAGCCACAAAAACUGGUCUUUAUUUCUCACUGGAACUGAGCUUGGACGCAACCUUCACAAACCAGGGUCAAAUUGUGUAACUACGAAGAGUCUAAACAAAAUCAAACGCGCCGCAUGUUUGAAGUUUACUGAAUUUGACGUGGAACAAGUUCUUUUGGGUUUAAUUUCUGGUCCUUACAUGUAUUUUAUGUGUAGAUGUGGGUGGAACGGGUGCGUGCUAGUUUUCCAUAUCCAAAAUAUUAUUGUUCAAACCCAACACAAAUACAUAAGACCGAUGUCCGUCUGUCGUUACGUUAUUGUCGUCCGCGUUAGGGCUGGUCACGUAGAGAAAUAAAUAUAAAAUAAAGUUUAAAAUUGCAAUAAUAGAAUUUUAAUGUUCGGAGAAAUAAAUGGCGUUCGGAUUAAUUACCAAAAUUAUUAAAUUGUGGAAAUAAAUUUAAAAGUCAAACCACAAAAUCAAGCUAAUUAUGGAGAUUUUUAAUUUUAGUCAUGCAUUAUUUUGAGGUCAAAGGUUAGCAUUAUUAAAAACGACAAACAUCUGUAUAUCUUUCUGUUAAAAGGAAAAUUAUAUCACUUUUGCAAUAUAUAUAUUAAAGCUACCAUUUGUACUUUGAUUGGCCAACCCGCCGUUGUUGCAUUCUCACAUAUCACCACUAGAUGACAGUGUGCACAGCUUUGGUCCGACAGAAGAAGACGACCGGCGAGCGCGUGCGAGUCUGAACAAACGAUAAUAAACUUACAGAUGGCGUCUUUACGUCUGUGUAGAUUCUGUGUUCGCUGAUAUCUUACCGUUUAUUUCUCCCAUCAGCCCUAGUCCACUUCGCCACUUCUCCGACCGCGCCGUCACCUGCGUUUUUAAAGGCGGGAGUUGUCCGACCCCAACAUUCCUUAAACAUCGUAGCUUCUCCACCCUAAACCUUUCCUCGCAAUACAAACGUUUGCUUUGGAGCUGUUAAGUAUUUCAGAUUAGAAUAAAUAUUGGCAAUCUGUUAAUUUAAUUUGUUAAUGUCUGUUGUUAUAUUUUGCAUUGUAAUUAUUAUUGUUGAUUUUAUCUUUGUUUUAUGGACCUCAAUAAAUGGUCGGCAAUUGUA